GAAGACGUGUAGAGAAACUGUUGCGCUCCAGUCCUCCACCGUUCCCACCAUUCCGCCUUAUUUACGCGUACAGAAGUGAAAGGUCGAUCGUUUUGUGAGUUCGACUGUAUCAGAUAAACAGAGACAGUUUUUCAGAGCAUUCAAGUCAAGAAUAACAAUAAGUUAAUGAGGUGACAGUUGUAACAGGCGAACUUUAUGAACUGCCAUCGACAGAACGGUCUGUUUUUCAAGUAUUACACCAAGGCUGGUCUUCUAUUUCCGUUUUUUUCCUCCCAACUAAACCCAGCCGAGAUACGGCCUGUGAAGAUAAUCGAAGAUAUCGUCUAAGAUGCAAAGCUCUAAUAAUAUAGCCCAGGCCAGAAGGACUGUUCAACAGCUACGGAUAGAAGCUAACAUAGAGAGAAUAAAGGUGUCUAAAGCUUCUGCAGACCUCAUGAAUUACUGCAGUGAACAUGCAAAGUAUGAUCCUCUACUUAUGGGUAUCCCAGCUUCGGAAAACCCUUUUAAAGAUAAAAAGCCAUGCACUAUAUUGUAGUGGGAUGCUUGAACUCUUGCUGUAUGUUUUGAUGUUUCCUUUUAUUGUUUUUUAAUAGACAGAAUAUGAUCUUCAUACAUUCGUUCACUAUUCGCCUUAAAAUGAGCUAAACCCCAAGCUAUUAUUAGAUUGUCUCCACACUAGAAAUUUUCCUGUUUUCUGUAAAAAGGAGAGUCAAAGCUCCUAGUAAACAAAUUAUUUGUGGUGCAAAGACAAAACCAACCCAUGAAUGAAUUUUUCACUUUAGGGCACAGCACAGAUGAAUUGUUUGCUUUGUGAUAGUGUCCACUGAUGUGGUUGUGUCUUCUGCAAAUAAAGGGUGAGGUCAGUGUGGGCGGUUCUCAGUAUCAUGAAGCACAGGAAACGAUCAUUUUUAAUGACUGCACUCUGUCAUAUAUAUCUGCAGAUAAGCAAAGCCUCAUCAGCAGUGCUUUGACCCCAUCUUAUGCUUUUAAAGGCGUCCAGUUGCAGGGAGGAGUUGGGGGUUGAUGUGAGGGUUGAAAUGUCAGCAUCACUAAUGUGUGAAGGGUGCUUGCGCUCAGUGGAGGAGGAAACAGGUGUCUUUUGGAGGCGUCACAUUGACGCAGUGCUGCUUCGGCCCUCCCCCAUUAACUCACUGUGUCUAAACAAUGGAGAGAUACAAAGCUAACCCCUCCUGUCAAAUCAAUACACGCUAGACUGUGCCCUUUUUAUUUUCUCGCAGUAGACCAGGCCAACUGUGUUUCACAUGUUCAACAACUGCUAAAACUUGCAGAUCAGCAUUUUAAGAGUAAAAUAAGGUGAUGUGUUUAUGCAUUUGUAUGGUACGGAGCCCCGCACAUGACACGCAGGAAAAAAUAUAAGGCUAAAUCGUGUGCAUGAUUUACUAAUUCGUUCCCUCAAUGUACUAAAACGUGCACACACAAUUACUAUUGCAUUCCCAAGAUUUACUAUUGCGUUCACUCGAUUUAUAAAUUGUGUGCACAAUUUACUAAUUAGUUCCCUCGAUUUAGCAAAUUGAGCGAACGCAAUAGUAAAUCGAGGGAAUGCAAUAGUAAAUCGAGGGAACGCUAAUCGUGUGCACGUUUUAGUAAAUUGAGGGAACGAAUUAGUAAAUCAUGCGAACAAAUUAUUCAUUUUUUUUGCAUGUCAUGUAAAAAAUGGGGCUCCUUAGUAUGAAAGUCUUAGUAUGUCCUAUACUUUUUUUUUUCUUAUUUUAAUUACUGAAACAACAUGUGGGAAACACUUUACAAUAAGGUUGAAUUUGUUAUCAUUAAUGUGUUAGGAACCAUGAACUAGCAAUGAAAAGCAUUUUAACAGCAUUUAUUAAUGUCAAUCAGUGUUAAUUUAUAAAUGUGCUGUACUAUUGUUAAUUGUUAAUGAAUAAUUCGUAGCUAAUAAUUCAAAGUAAAUGUAUACAACUUGUUAAAACAAAUUUUAAAAAUGUAUUAGUAUACGUUACCAUUCAAAAGUUUGGGGUCAGUGAGAUGUUUUUGUAGUUUUCUUGUUUGUUUGUUUUUUUUGUAUAUUAAAAUUAUGCCAGGCUUUUAUGUCACAUAACCUCCAGAAAUCAUUUCUGCAUAUCUGCUGAUUUGGUGCUUAAGAAGCAUUUCUUAUUAUCUACUUAAUAUGAUAACUUUGCUGAACAAAGAGAACGUUAAAAAUAGAAUUAUUUAUUUUAAAUAUUUUUGGUAACAUCAUAAAUAAGCCUAUAUUACAAACAGACAAAAAUAAAAUAAUAAUAAAAUCUUGACAAACCCAAGCUGAAUGGUAGUGUAUGUAGAAUGAACAUUAACCUAACUAGCCAUUAUAGGUUGCACAAAAAAAUAAAAAAAUAAUUCAGAAUUAGUUCAUGAUACUUUUAACCUUUACAUUUUGUCUUAUUGCAAAGUGUUACCAACAUGUGUUGCUUUACCAAUUUCUCCAUUCUUUAAAUUCCUACUUUCAGUCAAUGGGAUGACAUUUCCCCUACUCAAAACCUCAGAAUUUACAUUAGAAUUUACAAUAGCAAUACUAGCAGAUCAUGGUACGUGAUAUAUUAUAACCCUUUAAUGUUUAUUUACGAGAUGCCUUAUGUUAAUGUACAGAUAUCUUCUGAUUUUUUUCUUUUUUAUUAAUAAUCAUUGUCUCUUUUAUGACAAAAUGUCAUUGUGCCAUCUCGUUCUGGGUUCUAACCAGCAAUAGAAACUCACAAUAGGGUAGCAUAUGAUUUUUCUGUAUACACACUGAGCACAUGAUGAUUUCUCUGAUUGUAGUUAUUUUUGUGACUGUUAUAAUCAUGCAUUUUGACAUCAUUCCAUGUUUACAGCUCCUGUACCUUUUUUGUAAUAAUCUUGUGAGUUGCCAUGCAUUGGUGAAAGUGAGUGUGUAAUGUCUUCACGACACAGCUGGCAGAAAACAACUUGACCAGACCAGCUGAACCAGCCUUAAUGAAGUAUUCCUGCUCUGACUCGUUCAUUGCCGUGCUCCUGUCUCGAGACGACAGCCAGAGUUAAACUACUGUGAACCAGCGGUGCUGAGAUCCUACAGACACCUUCACUGUGUAUCUUCAUCAUUACACAUCUGUCUCAUGCCUAAGGCUGGAUAUAUCUAUGCCUGUGCAUCAUGCAACUGAACUUGUACCUGCAUUAAGACUUUGCUAAACCACAAUCUUAAUCUUAUUUGAACAACAGUAUGCUUUGAAUGGCAAUUUCAGCCUUGCUUUCUUGUUGUGUGAUGCUUGUAAAGUUACAUUUUCUUAAUGUUUCCCAACAGUAGUACUGGGUUCUCUCAGUGGCCUGUCGUUAAUUUGGGUGUUGUGUUUUUUCCUUGAUGCUGUGGCCAUUUCUGAAGGUGCUUUUGUAUUGAAAAUAUGACAUGGACAAGCUCUUCAGUCUGCCGGCUUAUCUCUUUUUGCCUUUAAAAAUAUUUUUAAUAUGAAGAAUAUUCAGUGUCACUGUAUUGUAGUGAAUUUUCCACCUUCCUUUGUGCUGAAGUCCCAAUGUACUGGGUUGUAGAUGUUGUCUUUUUCCAACUAAAUAUAGAUUUAUUCUCAA